AUGAGUACAACUGCAUACAUCCGCAGAGGAGAAAAGCAGCAGAGACAGUCGGCGUGUCAAAAGUACAAAGAUCAAGCACAGGAGGAUCUAGCGGGGUAUGAAAAGCUGGAAAAGAACAUCACUGACAACUACAACGAGGAGAUCGAAGGCGGUGCGGAAGCGAGCGAAUACGAAGAGAGCAGUAUUCAGGAUCAUGACGCCGAGGGAACUGCCCCCAUCUCCGUGUACGACUCAUGGAUGACGUUGAACCCUUCACAAAGCAUUGAACGCCUAUAUCAACACCCUAAUCCUUCUAUUUAUCACUUUGCCGUCAUGUCAAACGAGGGCAAACUGACUGGUGCGACAAUCUAUAUAUACUCUCCCCCUUACGCAGAGAUCCAGGCUUGGGUCGUGCCUUCAUCGCAGAGUAGUAACCCCAAUGGGAGGAGAAUUGGCACUGCACCGCUGCAAUACGGGAGUCUGUGA